AUGCAGGCGGCAUUAUCUUCAUUCAGCUACACUGAGAUCGACGGAGUGGACGGACACACCGUUCCGGUCAAGGCGCUCCCACAUACACCGGCCGUGGUCGGCUGCUGGAGGGCCCAUAUGAACGUGCUGCAGAAGAUUGUCCAUGAGAAUAUUGCCACGGCUUUGGUGUUUGAGGAUGACGCUGAUUGGGAUGUGUCGCUUAAGCAACAGCUGGUUCAAUUUGCGCGAGGAUCGCGGGUUAUGAUCAACACAACCACCACACAUCCAACAUGUUCUCCAUAUGGAGACAAUUGGGACAUGCUAUGGAUCGGGAAUUGUGGGACGGGGUCUCGGGAUGAAGAUCAUCGACGCGUCUUUGUCAUUCCCCGUGACCCGACCGCUGAGCCCCUCCAGUAUCGCGAUGACAUGUAUGAAACGCCCAAUAUGUCUCGUUGGGAAGGUGGACUACAAGGAGAUCAUCAAACCCGGAUCGUCUUUCCCUCCAGCAAAGGCGUAUGUACAGCGGCCUAUGGCAUCUCACAACAGGGGGCGCGAAAGGCGCUCCACUAUAUGGGUAUGGUACCAUACAAUCAUCCCGUAGACUUGGGAUUCGCCGAUUUGUGCGCCCAUGAUCGCUACGCAUAUAUGUGUGUAUCAGUCUUUCCUCCGUUGAUCGGAUUCUCUCGCCCAGCAGGACACCAAAGCAAAAAUAGUGACAUCGAAUAUGGCGACGAACUGUCCGGACCAGUGGAGGAUGCACGAUCGCAGCAUGUGGUGUUCUCCGUGAGAUUGAACAUGGAGAGGCUCUUGAGAGGAGAGACCGUUUUUGAAAGCCAAUUCCCCGACGUGACCGGUCAACAGAUGCAUAUUCAGGACAUCGGUUCUGCCGUUGGACACGUUGAGAUUAUGCCAGAAUGA